CCCAGUUUUAAAUAACAAAAUAUAAUUAAAAAGACGAAACAAGAAGUCGAAGAAAAAUUAGGAUAUAAAAUUGUCUCGAAAAUAUUAUAUUUAUGUGCCAAUUUUGAAGCUAUUUUUUCCAAAAAAUCCUACAUAUGUGAAACACAUAAUAUUUUUGUUUUAUAAUGGGGUCUACUAAGGUUCCUGUUGAAAAACUUAAGGGCGAAAAAUAUACGAAUCCUAAUAUAUAGUGCUAGAUUAGCAUUACUAUCGCUUUUACUACAACAUUUAUAAGGGCUGACAUGCUUCAUUUUAUCGAAUAAUAACUGCCCUACGCCUAUCCUGUGACAAACGCAAUCAAAUUCCCUAACAAAAAUUAUUUCUAUUUCUUUUAAGUAAUCUAAAAAUCCCUGAGGCGGCUUAAUUAAAUUGCAUCUGUCAAUUUGCCUUUCUUGCGUAAAGAGGUAUUCGAUUGAAAACUCAUCUCCUAAAUAAGGUAAGGGUUGAGAGGAAGUGUGUGCCCUAAAUAUUUUUAUAUAAAAAUAGCCACUAACAUAUGCAAUUGCAUUGUCUCUAAAAAAAUCUACCUCAACAUCAUCUACCUCGAAGUUGCUGUCUAAUCCUAGCAUAUUGAACGAAUGUUCAGGUCGUGGAAGUCCCUGGAACUCUUGCCACGAUAAGUCCUGCAUUAAACGGUCAUUACACACACUUUCUAUUAUAUCAUUCGAAAUGUUAGGAGAAAAGCUUUCGUUGGGAGCUGUCGGUUCGCAGUUUCCGUUGGUUACCAAGUUGGCGUAACGCAACCCCCAUGAUUUUUUAAACAAAUUGCAGAACAUAUAAGGUGUUAUCCUUACACAUCUACCACCGCCCCUUCUGAUUUGUCCAAAAUAAUUCUCAAGGUUGUCCUGACAUAAUCGUCUCGUCUGUACAUGUUGAAAACCUGAGCGUGACAAGAAUCGCCACAAUCGUUUUAAACUAUUUAUAUUAAGGAUCCAACCCUUAAGAUAGUUGAAAGAUGAAGUGAUGUCAGCCCCGGUGUCAUCGUUAACCCUAAUCGUCCUUAAAAGUUUCAGAGCCUCGUCUAAAAAUUGCAACUGUUCGGGAGUUGCCGAAAAAACUUUUUUGUUGGGCAAAAUAGCUUCAAAAUUACUACUAUUAAAUAUAUCAAAUAAUUUAUUAAUAAAUAAAAUAUAUUCCGCGGUAUUAUAGUAACUAUUUGAGGGACAAGUCAAAUGACCGGAACUAUAAAUCGAUAACAUUCCGGAAGCGACUGUGUCACUGAACACUUGACUAGCAAGUUUGACACUCAUUUUUUGAAAAUUAUUUGGCGCAAUAUGAGCAUCAGACAAUUUCGGUGCACAGCGAAUGUGAUUUUGCGAAUCUUUAUUAUAAAAGUGCACUAUAUCGGACCAACUUAUCGGACGCGAUUUAAAACUUACUUUAUUUUUAAAAUUUUCGAGACAAUUUCGGGUAUUUUUUAAAAGGUGGGGACUAUCAUUAAAAAAAAAUACCUCUUUGCCAUUUACAUUGAAGGAUGGGCGCUCUUCGCAAACCCCUAAGACCCUAGCUAAAUUGAGAAAGUUAGAACCCUGAUCACAAACAAAAUGGCAUGGAUUAAGACCUAUGUUUUGUAACUGCGUAAUGGCCUCAAAAAUAUAUUUUUUGGCUACAUCACCUUUACAGGAACCAUGGACAAUAAAAUACGAUAGGGGUGAGACCAAGGUGUUCCACCAAUACCUUGGACCAUCAGAGUCAUCGCACUAUUACCUAUUCUACCAGAGCGAUUUUCAUCGCCGUAAUCCUCAACUCCUACAAUUUUAUCAAAUUUAGGUAAAUAUUGCAUAUGACUCUUAAGUGCCAUUUCGUCACACAAAAUAGACACGAAUUUUUGCUCCUGACUAAAUCCCCGACUUCUCAACUCUAAACAUCUAAUACUACUGCUAUUACAUCCAGGAUCGCGGGGCCAUUCCGAAACAAACUCGUACAGAGUUCUCUCAUCCGGAAACCUAAGGAUUGGCUUAAGGUGUCUGUAAGCUAAAGGUGAUAAGAAGUAAACGCCUAAAGCCAGUGUUUUAAAAUAACUUUCGUAUCUACGACCAUUGGGAUUUCGGUUGAAAUUUUUUAUACUAUUGCGCACUAUGGCGCUUAUUUGUGGAGGAAAAUUACUAUUAAAGUGGCCUAUUAAAUCAAAACCUUCCUCUUUCUCCUUUAAUUCCUUCUUUAUUCUUCUAUAUUUCUUUGCUAAAUCUUCUAACUGAUAUUUUAAGUAAUUAAUUUCCCUCUCCUUUUCUUCUAAUUUAUUUUUCAAGCACAAAUUUUCCUCCACCAAUUUUUGUUCCCUAAGAGCUCCUGAUACUAAACUUAAAUUUAUUUGACUGCCUAUUUCCCUGGAAUUAGCCAUCCCUAAAAAUCCUACUUCCUCCUGGGCCUCUUUGGCCACGGAUGCUAAUAGCAUCAAAUUAUUACCGUUAUCAAGCAAUCCUGAUUCGGUAUCAUUAUUUAAAAAAGAAAAUUCUUCCGUUCCCAUUUCAAUAUUUGAAUUGGGACUAAAAACAUUUUUAUAUUUCAAACGAGGUUCCGGUGCAUUUGGCAAAUGCGUGUUCGGAACAGCAUUAAACCUUAGCUUUUUAUUCAACCUCAUAGAUAAGGAAAAGUGCCGAUCACAGGCAAACAGAUGUUUAAUUUUGGUGUCUCCUACACCCAACCGAUUCAGCCAAAUUAAAUAUCUAAUAAAAAUACAAAUAAAGAAACCCUACACCUUACAACACAUUUCUUAUUUAUAUUUAUUUUAAUUUAAAGAAAUAAUAUUAUACUUUUCUACUUAUUAAACUAUUAUUUAUUUUUAAAUACUACACGUAAUAUAUGUAUAUACUAUUCUAAUUUUCCUACCAAAAUACUGUAAUUUUUGAAAUUAUUUCUACACUAAGUAAUACAAGGAUGGAGUCAUGUGUAGAAGUUCACGCAAGUGAGGAAAGUUCUCUGAUCGCCAUUCACUUGGGAGUGGCCAGAAACGAUUCUUUUACACAUGGCUCAAGCAGCUCACUACUUCCGGUCUUUGACCAAGUAUCCUCUGGGUAGCCUAAGAACAUCCGUUCGAAGGCGAGCUAAAGUGAGAAGGCGAAACAUUCCCUACAAGGGUUGUGCGCUGGGUUUGGGACCCGCCACGUAAAAACACCCCCAGUGAAGAGCUACAACCAGCCUCGGAUGAGAGACCCCCCUUUUGAUGACGACCAUGGCAAACGAAAUAAGGACUACGAAUUGAGGGCAUGAACCUGGAAUGUCCGGUCCCUUAAUUGGGAAGGUGCCGCUGCCCAGCUGGUUGAUGUCCUCGCAAAAAUAAAGGCUGACAUCACCGCGUCCAAGAAAUGCGAUGGACGGGACAAGGACAGAGACGAGUAGGUCCUUGUGACAUUUACUACAGUGGCCAUAUAAAGGAGCGCAAGUUUGGUGUUGGAUUCGUGGUGGGAGAGAGACUCCGUCGCCGAGUACUAUCAUUCACUCCGGUGAAUGAACGUCUAGCCACAAUCCGCAUCAAAGCGAGGUUCUUCAACAUAUCGCUGAUUUGCGCCCACGCCCCGACGAAAGAGAAGGACGAUGUGGCCAAAGAUGCCUUCUAUGAGCGCUUGGAGCGCGCUUAUGAGAGCUGCCCCCGCCACGAUGUCAAAAUCGUGCUUGGCGACUUUAACGCCAGGGUGGGCAAAGAAGGUAUAUUUGGCACUACGGUCGGUAAAUUCAGCCUCCACGACGAAACAUCCCCAAAUGGGUUGAGGCUGAUUGACUUCGCCGGGGCCCGAAAUAUGCUUAUCUGUAGUACUAGAUUCCAGCAUAAGAAGAUUCAUCAAGCUACCUGGCUGUCUCCGGAUCGAAAAACUACCAACCAGAUCGAUCAUGUUGUGAUAGAUGGAAGACACGUCUCCAGUGUUUUAGAUGUGCGUGCGCUCCGAGGUCCCAACAUCGACUCGGACCAUUAUCUUGUUGCAGCUAAGAUUCGCUCUCGCCUCUGUGCAGCAAAAAACGCACGCCAACAAACACAAGGAAGGUUCGACGUCGAGAAGCUGCAAUCACAACAGACAGCCGAACGAUUUUCUACUCGGCUUGCACUCCUGCUCUCUGAGAGCACUAGUCAACAACUCGGUAUAAAGGAACUGUGGGACGGCAUUUCAAAUUCCUUACGUACAGCUGCAACCGAAACCAUUGGUUUUCGGAAAGUGCAAAAGAACAGCUGGUACGACGAGGAGUGCCGUGUCGCAGCGGAGAGACACAGGCUGCCUACCUCGCAACGUUACGAUCGACCACUACACGUGCGGGGUGGGAUAGAUACCGAGAGUUGAAGAGGGAAGCGAGACGCAUUUGCAGACAGAAGAAGAAAGAGGCCG